AUGGUUAUGGCAAGCUGGGGUUCGGAAAAACUUCUUGUUCCUGGCAUUUACAGAGCUUUCACUUAUAUCAUACCCCCAUCAAGGGUUCUUUGCACACUUGAUUCUGUGCCUCAAAUCACUUUACAAAAUCUUUGUCUUGGACUGGUCGCAUAUGGAAAACUUUAUGCUCAAGGGCAACUUAGUUUAUCCAAAAUAAAUUCUAUGCUCACCUACAAAGCAAACGAUCCUGAUAUAAUGCGAAUUAUUCGUUUACGUAUUUACAAUAUGAUGGCAGAAUCGCAACCUUCUGACGCUGUUGAGUCUUUAAGCAACAUACAAACUGCAUUAAAGGAUCCUAAUGAUGUAGUCAAUAGUGAAGCCUUGCUUUGUUUAUGCCGCUUGUGUUGUCGAAAUAUGCUUUAUUUUCAUAAGGUUUGGACGAUUUUAAACGGAAAACAGUAUUUUACGACUAUGCUGACUGUAGAAGGCUUCACAAAUGCUAGAAUACAAGCCGUUUCAACUUUUUUAAAAGAAUAUACGCUUCGUGAAGUGAUUCCUAACCUGGUCAAAUGUCGUGAAACCUAUUUAACUUGUGGUGCAUCCGAUAAAAAACCGUUUCCUCCAGAUAUAACUACAGCAAUACAAAUUAUGGAUGUUUUAAUUCUUAUGCUUCAAACCCAAUUGACCAAAGCGCGACUUGGUCAAGAGGUCUCAGAAUUCCACCUAACAUCGUCCAAUUUGACUACUCUAAUUGAAGCAUGUGGUCUUCUUGUCGAACAAUUUUAUUUGGUGUCCGAACAAGAAACUUUAUGGACUUCAUUUUUUGUUAUACCAUCAACUAUUAGUUGUAUCAUACAAAAGUUUAUAGAAAAUUUAUCUUUUCAACACAAAUCUUGUAGCUCGAUUUCUGAAACAACAUGGACAAAACUUUUGGAACCAAAUUUUAUUUUAGAUGGAAGUGCUUCUUCUACAAAACAAACUAACGAUGAUAUUUGGAGUCUUAUUAUGGAAGUAAACAGAUCAUACAUGACCUAA